GAAGCAAUCAUUCGUCGGGACUUAUUCACGACGUGCAUGGAGAAUUGAAGCGCAGCCAACCAAGACAGUACUCUUGCAGAUGAACUCCGCCCCGUCAUCCCGCGCCUCCAACGACCUCAACCGUUGGGAUCUUGCGGACAUCCUCAAUCCCUCAUCCGCCAAUCCGCGUAUCGAUACCACGCGUGACCGCAAAAUGUCCCUCGACUUCCCCCACUCCCAACAUGGCAAUGGCAUGUAUGAGCAAGUCGACACUGACCAGGGAUUUAACACCAGUCCAGACGGCUCUCACCAUCACCAUGGCUUUGACGGCUCAGCCGAAGGGCACACCUUUGGGUCCGGAUACCGCACAAACGGCUCCUCGUCGUCCUCGUUGGGCCCGCGAUUCGGCGGCCUCGGCUCCGACAGCAUAUAUCCUCCACCCAGCUUUGCUGACUCGCCAUACACCUCGAACGGUCACUCUUACACCGACAUGGGCUCGUACAACGGCAGCAAGAUGUCGCCUUUGACACCGACUGACCCAGGCGGCCUGCACCACUCCGCUCCCUUUGCAACCAAGGACUUCCACAACUCAAACUAUCCUGAUUUGAGCGGUCCUGAUCGGCGUUUAUCGAAUGUAGGGCCGGGACACUUCUCGACCGAGUUUGGGGACGACUACCCCGCACCGUUCAGUUCUUCCCAUUUCCCAGGGCCUGAACGUAUGGCCCACCGCUUCCCUCCCCCGGACAACCGCUUCCCCCACAGCCAUGGGUCCGACCUGAUGCGCGGGGUUGCUCCGAACGCGACGCACUCCGGCGGGGGCUUCAGGCACGACUCGACAUUCGAAGAGAUGCCCCAUUACAUGUCUGGAUCGGACAUGGGGGGUCCACGUGUCUCUACUACCGUGGAUGACACGCUCAGGCAGAUGCAUUUGCAGCCGCGGUCGGCCGGGUCGUCGAGCGACCUGCACAGCCUCGUCCGUCCUUUCCUUGAGCAAUACGUCCGGACAACCAAUCGGCUGGCUUUCGGGGAGCGCACAGUGAUUGUUAUGUCCAGCAAAGUGGCCCAGAAAUCAUACGGCACGGAAAAACGCUUUCUUUGUCCGCCGCCUACCGCCAUCAUGAUCGGGAAUUCAUGGUGGUCUGAAACGUCCCGUCGCGGGGAAGAGGGGAAACUGUGUCCACCGCGCGUGGUUAUUUCCAUAUCGGGUGAACCAGUUCCUCAAGAAGGCUCAAUCGAAUGGACGGGCUCGUCUGGUAAAACAUUUGAUCCCAACGAACCCCCUUCAGGAACCACCUUCUCCGGCCGAUGUGUCGGCAAACAGCUGUUCAUCUCAGAUGUCGACGAAAAGAAAAAGAAAGUCGAGGCUCUGGUCCAAAUCACAGCCCCGGCAACCGACGACGAGCCAGAUCGCAUCAUCGGCACAUUUCCCAGUCGCCCGAUCAAAGUGAUCAGCAAGCCCAGCAAGAAGCGUCAGAGCGCGAAAAAUCUUGAGCGUGAGUUUGUCGUCGCUAUUUCAAGGGCCAGACCUUAUCCCACGCAGUGUGCAUCAAUCACGGCUCGACGAUCUCACUGUUCCAUCGUCUGCGCUCGCAAACGGUGUCCACCAAGUACCUCUGUGUGUCCGGGUCCAGCUCCUCGUUCAAGGGCUCAGAUGGGGCCCCGCUCGCGGGUCUGGACCAACGUAGUCGGCCAGCGACGCCGUCUUUCAUCGCCAGGACCGCCAGCUGGGAUCCGUUUGUGAUGUACAUUGUCGACGUCAACAAGCCGUCGGGUGGGAUCGACUCGACGCCCCCACCGCCGAUCCAGCCGGACUAUCCAUCCCCUCCUCCCAAUGCCAUUCCCUUCACUGCAAAUGGGUCGCAGAUCCCGAUCUACUACAACCAGACUGUUGUGCUCCAGUGUCUGACCUCUGGCGUGGUCAGCCCCGUCCUGAUCAUCCGCAAGGUCGACCAUCAGACGACGGUGGUCGGCGGAGGACUGCAGGAUGGCGCGAAGGGUGUGGCCGACCACUACUGCGCUCCUGCCGAAGUCUGCGGGGACCCUGUGUCCCAGCUGCAUAAAAUUGCCUUCGAGGUGUACGACAGUGCACGUGCGCUCCCAGAUCCGGGAACCCCCGGGCAUCGGGAGCGUUCUUGUCCUGCAUGGGCGAAAAAGUGAACACGUAUCGUCCGAUGGACGGUCGCCAAUGGGUCGGGGCAAUGAAUACUGGCACCGGAUCGCCGACGCUGCCUGGGUCCCCCAUCGGGGCCAGCGGGAGCAGUUAUUUCCAGGCCGGUGGUAGUGAGCCGACGUCACCUUCUGCUUCACCCGAUUUCCUGUCGAAUGAUGGAGGACGCGUGAAGAAAAAGCGAGGCUCGACAAGUGCUGGUGGUGUCACGAAGACGACUGCCAAAGGCCGCCGUCGUCCCAGCUCGGCUGGAUCGGUCAGCUCGCGGCGGGGGUCGUCGAGCGACUCGGGUGUCUCGUCCGGUGCUCUCUGGCAAGUGGACAUUGGGGAGACCAGUGUGUGGACGAUUGUGGGCACUGAUCAAGUCAGAUACAAUUUCUAUGUGCCCCCGGUUCUUCCUGACGGCCAGGCCAUGAAACCGCUCACACCGUUCCCUUCUCUUGUCAAGUAUCUCCCACCAGAUCGUGCUGCCGAGGCUCCGAAGCACCACUCGGCCGGUCGCUCGGUUCUCACGAAGCCGAAUCCGCAUGCGGCGAAGAUGCUGACGGUUUACGGAGAGAACUUUUCCAAGACUGACCCCGUGUCCGUAUUCUUUGGGGCGGAUCCGUCGUCAUAUGUCGAGGUCCGAUGCAACGAAGUGCUCGGCUGCUUGCCACCCGACACUCCGUCCCAGAAACGCCGGCCGCUCAUCCUUGUCCGCUCAGACGGAGUCGUGUUCCCCUCAAAUGUGUACUAUCCCUGAUGUGUGAAUCUGUUCCUCGUUGUGCCUGCUCGUCUCUGCUGUCCGAUCUAUCGCAUUUACCUUGUUAUCUUACUGUACGCUAUCUGGAGGAGGAUCCUAGACUGUAUUUUUGUACCGCUUCCCGUGUAUAUUAGAUGCUUCAUGAUUGUUCUACUUACUCUAUAUAUACUUUGGGCACGUGUUUUCC